UAUAUAGACCUGACCUGGAGUUUAGUGCAACUAAUAGCAGGGUCAACACAGGACUAGAAAGAUGGAGAUUGAGAGGAAAGAGAUUAAUGUUGCCUCCUUAAAGAGUGCAAACCUUCCAAUCUACUGGGUACUAGGAGGACCAGGGUCUGGGAAAGGGACACAGUGCACCAAUGUUGGAGCUAAAACUGGGUUUAGUCAUUUCUCCAGUGGGGAUCUACUACGGAAUGAUGUUCUCUCUGGGUCUAGACGAGGACUUCAGCUGUUCAGGAUGAUGGAGCUGGGGGAGCUGGUGCCAACUGUGAGUAAUUUUGGUUCACCUUGGGCUACCCAUGCGUUCGUUAUCUUCAAUUUGAAUACUUCGCGUUUUAGUCUAUAUUUUAACAAAUCUUAAAAGUAUAGAGUUGUC